CUGUAUUUGGAUGGAUUUGGCCGACAAAUUACAUUUCCGCAAUAUAAGACCGGGAGUAAUUAGAUGUUUAAUCAUCAAAUGCGGUACAUGAAAGUAAACCUCUGUCCAAAUCCAAAUAGUAGCUGCAAAAACUUUCAAUCAUUGUGUCAUUGUUAAUAAUCACUAAAGCGUAUCGUUUACCAUACCAGUAUGUAGGAUCAAUGAAUUGCCACUCGCAUCAUAAAUGAUAUACUACGCUGUAACGAUCUUCCUGGUUUGAAUAAAACAUUGUGGACAUAUGAAUUAUACAAAGUUUGUUAAGUUUAAAGCUGAAUAAUGGAGAUAAAGGCUCAAAACGUUCUUUUGAAAAUAGUAUUGUUCGUGUCCUUCGGAUUUUAUCUGUGCGGUGGUACCCAAUGUCACUCCAAUUGCACUGACUGUGACACCAUUGCGUCGUCUGGAUUAUGCCGUAAGUGCCAAGACGGCUUUUAUCCACAAGUGUCUAAUUGUCUUCCUUGUACUUAUCCAAAUUGCAGAACAUGUUCUAAUCCGUUAAAUUGUGACUCAUGCAAAGACGGGUUUUGGGGUGAAACCUGUAUUGCAACAUGUGCAGAAGGGUGUGUAUGGAACAUGCAAUACUUCUAAUGGUUUUUGUUCUUGUCUUAUGAACUUUUACGGAAAUAAAUGCGAUGGAAAUUGUUCAGACAAUUGCCUACCUUCCACUUGCUUUGGUGAUAAUGGUAAUUGUGUAUGUAUACAAGGAUAUUUUGGGGCAUCGUGUCGCUCACAAUGUGGCGAAUAUUGCGCCGAUUGUAAAAAUGUCACUUCAUGCUCAUUGUGUGAAACAGGAAAGUUCGGUAGUUUGUGUCAAUCCUUUUGUCAAUGCGGUGGCAAUGCAUGUGAUAUUGUGACCGGAAUGUGUCUCUCUUGUGAAACAGACUGUUUGUCUUGCAAUGAUAACGUGUGCUCUUCAUGCGUAAGCGGAAAAUAUGGCCGUCGAUGUGAGCAUACGUGCUCGACUACUUGCAAUGAUGGGUGUGACAUUCAAGGGAAUUGUCAGUCGUGUGUGUUAGGGUAUUAUGGCCAUCAAUGUGAAUUUGGAUGUAAUUGCAUGUUCGGCUGCGAUCGACUUCAAGGCCACUGUUUGAAUAAAGCUUGUCCAAUAAACUGUAAUGGUACCUGUGAUGAUUCAUCACAGACAUGCUAUUCAUGUAAUCGUGGUUAUCACGGACAAUUUUGCAACUUAACUUGCCCCGGUAAAUGUGCUGACUCACUUUGUUAUACAAAUGGUAGCUGCUUGUCCUGUGAAUUGGGAUAUUACGGUAACAGUUGCAACAUGGAAUGUAAACAGAUGUGUGAAAGUAAUAAAUGUCGUCAAAAUGAUGGAUUAUGCGAGGUCUGCCCUGCGAACUGUGUAUCAUGUGAGUCCAACGGCACUUGUACCCGUUGCAAAGAAUCGAAAUAUGGAGAAAUCUGCCAUUUAUCUUGCAACGACGAGUGUACAGAUAAAAUGUGCAAUAUCAAAGGUGUAUGUUUCAAUUGUUCUUCGGUAUCUGCUUUUGGUAGUUACUGCAAUUUAACAUGCAAUUAUGAAUGUAAUUCGUCUUCUUGUGAUAGAACUACAGGUGCUUGUAAUAGCUGUAAAAAUAACUCGGUGUUUGGAAUGUUUUGUAAUGAAACAUGUAGUCCGUUUUGUCUUGGUAAAGAAUGUAAACGAGAGAAUGGCGUUUGCUUAAACGGAUGCAGAGAUGGUUACUUUGGAACUAAAUGUGAUCAGGAAUGUUCUCACGGAUGCCAAAAUGGUUCAGGAACAAUAUGUGAUCUAGAAGGUGCAUGUCUGGGCGGAUGCACUGAAGGAUUCGUUGGCAAAAGAUGCACAUCAGAAAAUAUAAAGAUAAAGACUGAACGAUUAAAUACAGAAACAAGAACAGAUGAGCUAUUGAGUACUUCAGCUACUUCAAAUACUUCAACUAUUCCUGCAAUUGUUGGAGGCAUAGGAGGUGUUGUUGUAACUGCUGCCAUUGUAGUGACGAUCCUUUUCUUGCUCAGAAAAAGGAAAACCCGAAAACCGGACGAGGAAUACACAGACGAUGGUGUUGGUAACGAAUAUCACACAAUCGGACCUGUUUCUGAUGAAACUCCUAAGUCGAAAACAUCACCAAGGACAUCAGGAUAUAGUCCUGCAAUGUAUGACACAGCUGCAGAUAUUGUAAGAAUCGCUGAAACUUUGGAAGCCCCAAAGAGGAUGAACUUGAAAUAGAUUUGGACGAAGAGAGGAGAACACAGAAAAGGAAAGUUGCCAAGAAGGUUGAGGAGAACGUUUACUACAUCGGGAUACAGGAUAUCGAGAAACGGAAAGUGAAAGUGGAGGAACUGGCGGUUUUUGUGGCUGGAAAG